UGCGCAGUGUUGGCUGAGGUUGAACAAGGAACUCCAUGGGAAGAUGCACAAGCUGAAAUCGUCGCAAAAGGAGAAAGUCCGCCAGUUCAUCGCCUUUACUCAGACUGGUGAAAAGACCGCCAUUUACUGUUUGUCACAAAACGACUGGAAACUCGACAUCGCCUCGGACAACUAUUUCCAGAACCCAGAGGCGUACUACCGAGAACACAAGCCCGCCGUCGACAGAAAGAAGCUAGAGCAGCUUUUCAACCGAUAUAAAGAUCCUCAUGAAGAAGACAAGAUUGGAGUGGAGGGGGUGGCCAGAUUUUGCGAUGACUUGAACCUGGACCCCGCCAGUAGAGCAGUUCUGGCCAUAGCAUGGAAAUUCAAAGCGGCAACACAAUGUGAAUUCACUAAAAAGGAAUUCCUGGAAGGAAUGACAGAGCUAGGGUGUGAUGGAAUGGAGAAAUUAAAGAAUAAACUUCCCAUGGUUGAAAAUGAACUCAAGGAGCCCAGCAGAUUCAAAGAUUUCUACCAGUUCACCUUCACCUUUGGAAAGAACCCAGGACAGAAAGGAAUGGAUUUGGAGAUGGCCAUUGCCUACUGGAACAUAGUUCUGGCAGGAAAAUUCAAGUUCCUAGAUCUAUGGAUCAGAUUUCUCAAGGAGCAUCACAAGAGGUCCAUACCUAAGGACACGUGGAACUUGCUGCUAGACUUCAGUAACAUGAUUGCAGACGACAUGGGUAACUAUGAUGAGGAAGGUGCCUGGCCAGUGCUGAUCGAUGACUUUGUAGAAUGGGCCAAGCCAUUUGUUCAGGGGAGGAGCACAACUGUCUGACCAUCCAAUCACAGGCACCGAGAGAUGACAAACUGGUGCUGAAGAGAACAAAAAUAUAGGACUUUCAUAUUGGCAAGAGGACUCUACUCUCCUGUAGAGUACUCUGUGCUGUUUUCCUGGGGACAGACAAGCACUAUCUGAAUACUUGUGUCGGGUACUUCUAUCUAAGUUUCACUGUCGAAUUGUUAGUAGGCUAUAUGAGAAUGUCCCUUGGCAUGAUUUACGUUUUAUCAAAUUUUGUUUCACACAGCUCUGUUGAUGGUGGUAGCGUUUCUCCUCACGAAAUGUAGUGUUUUAUUUGUAGCCGUCACUUCCUGACUAUCCCACAAGCCUACUGUCUAGUGGCCUUUUUUGUCAACUCAGAGGAUAAUACUAAAAUAAAGCUUGUAUCUUCCAGUUGUUCCUUGAUGCUUGUUUGCAUGUAUGAGUUCCAGAUGCAUGGUGAGACAAUACUGAUGGAGUGUUGUUUUUAAUAUCCUCAGAAAAUAGAAAA